GAUUUACUUCUUCAUAUAGAGGAUCUUUCGAACCCUGAUUACCUGGUGCAGCGUGAAACAGUGAUGAAAACGCUAUUAAAACUAAAAAUCCGCAAAGAACUGUUGGAAUCAAUCAUUCGAGUUGGAAAUAAAAUCGACAAGUUGAGCGAGCUUCCAGACAGUGAGCCAGGCACUUAUCUCGUUUCAUGUACAGAUGGACGUGGUUUGAUAGAGUUAAUAGCUGCUGUUGAUAAGAAAGUGCUGUCAAUACGCGGAGCAACAGUUCGUCGUCUGAAACUUCGUCCGCAUUCCAAAGCAAUCUCCUAUCUGUUAAAGCACUCGUAUCUCGUUGGCAGGCCGACACCAUCAGAGGAUAAUAAUUAUUUGUGCUGUAAUAUUAUUAUGGACGAUGAUGAAUUUAGCAAAUUUAAGGCUAAUUUUUCUUUAUCAAAAAGAUUUGUGAUUUAUGCUUCCUCGCUUCAUACGAUGGAUUACGAAACAAGCAUUUCUGAAAUUGUUGUCGUGUAUUUUGCUAUCAAGCAGCUAAUAUAA